AGAGAGCUACAUUCCUGGGUCGCCAAGGCACGAGUCCACAUUUUUAACGAAAUGCCACGAUUUACAAAUAUGUUCAAAGGACUACCGAGCCUAAAUUCACUGUUGGUCCUUGGCACAGGGGCCAGCGGAAUAUUCCUGGCUGGUGGCUACUACUUCUCCAUGCAAGAAAAGUAUGAGCGCUUAAUCGAGAAAAUCCAACUACAACUGGAGCGGGAGAGGAUGACAAGAGAGUUGCACGAUGAUCGAAUGAUGGAUCGCCUCAAUCACGAGCGUGAUCAACAGUCUCUGGCGCUCACCCAUCUCCGCCGUAGUUACGAAGGGGCUAUACAUGCCAUGAGAGUGGAGAAUCAGAAGUUGCUAUUCGAUAUAGCGUUCCACGGAGACUACGAGAAGUUUAGAACUGACGUUGAGAAGGGUAUCAACAUGGGAGCGGCAGAUGCUGAAGCCGACUACAGCGAUCCCUCGACGCAUCGUGGACUUCAAGGGUUGAUUGCACAGACAGUGGCCCAUAUUACGAAGACUGAACUGGGAAAGAUGCAAGCCCAAUUAGACGGCCGCUCGCUCGAAUCACCACCCAUAGACCAAGGAGGGGACUUCCCCAUGUACGACCAUGGACAGGCUUCGAAUCGCGAUGUGAUGAUCCACGUCAAGAACUUUCUAGGCACGCGUCUGUGCGAGAUAUUCGUGCACGCUGGUGUUCCAGUGAGGGAUCUUAAGUACCGUAUCGAAGACGCCACGCUAAUCCCACCUGAGAGACAAAACCUAUACUUCAAAGGUAAGAAACUACAGGAAGGUCCCUCGCUGGAAGACUACAAUGUGUCCGACGGAUCUGUCAUCCAUCUGCGCCCUAGAUCUGAAAAAGAAUUUGUGUUAAGUGAUAAAACAAAGCCUAUCACUCGAACACCCAUGCCCGCGUCCGUUCGAAAGUAUGUGGAGGAGACACCGGAUGUUGUAGCAAAGUCUAAACAAGGUUUCAGGUCCAUGGAUCUCAACGGAGACGGGGUACUGAGUAAAGAAGAACUCAAGGGGUUCCUAUACCGCAACGUUCCGUCUAUUUCGGCCGUAGACAUCGACAUAGUGACUACUCAGAUGGAUGUGGAUCAGAGUGGAUACAUUGCGCAAAGGGAAUGGUCGAAGUUUUGGGCCGAUGUCGCCGAAGGGCUGAACAACCGCAAGAAUUUGAUCACUCCGCCCGCAGAAACACUUCCAGCGCAAAGCGACUAAUAGCAACACUAUAUCUCACCAGAUACCUAGCAAACGAUCAAGGUCGGCAUAUGUACGGAAGACAGCUAACGAACCGAAUUAGAUGAACUUUGACCACUAAAUAAAGUAGAAUUAGUACUCUACCUCUCAAUGCC